GCCCCCCGCACUCCUCCGGAGGCGGGGCCGGCCCGCGGCGCCCCGCCCCCUCCCCGCCCGGAGUGGGCGGAGCGGCUGGGGCUCCCGGAGCUGGGCCGGGGGCGGGCCUCCGCCUGCUUCGCCCGAGCCCGGAGAGCCCCGGCACGGCAGCCGCCGACGCAGCAGUCGUCCCCGCUCCCGAGCCCUGAGGCGCGCGGGCUCCCGGGCGGCCCAGGCGGGUGCUGCGUGAGGGCGCGCGAGGCAGCGUGGGGCGGGCCGCAAGCGCCCCUGUCCGUCCCCCGCCCGCUCGCGAACCGGUUCAGCGAAGCCCCCGCGCGGGGAGCGCCGGCCCGGCGAGGGCGAGGGCGAUGCCGCGGUGACGGCCCCGCCAUGGCGAAGCCCCCGGCGGGGGCGGCGGCGGCGUCGGAGGAGCUGAGCCAGGUACCGGACGAGGAGCUGCUGCGCUGGAGCAAGGAGGAGCUGGCGCGGCGGCUGCGGCGCGCCGAGGGCGAGAAGGUGGGCCUCAUGUUGGAGCACGGCGGCCUGAUGCGCGACGUGAACCGGAGGCUGCAGCAGCACCUGCUGGAGAUCCGCGGCCUCAAGGACGUGAACCAGAGGCUGCAGGACGACAACCAGGAGCUCCGGGAGCUCUGCUGCUUCCUCGACGACGACCGGCAGAAGGGGCGCAAGCUGGCGCGCGAGUGGCAGCGCUUCGGGCGCCACGCGGCCGGCGCUGUGUGGCACGAGGUGGCCCGCUCGCAGCAGAAGCUGCGGGAGCUCGAGGCGCGCCAGGAGGCCUUGCUGCGCGAGAACCUGGAGCUGAAGGAGCUGGUACUGCUGCUGGACGAAGAGCGCGCGGCGCUGGCCGCGGCGGGAAGCGCGGGCGGCAGCGGCGGCGGAGGUGCGGGCUCCCGCAGCUCCAUCGACAGCCAGGCCAGCCUGAGCGGGCCGCUGGCAGGCGGUGCGGCGGGCGCUGGGGCCCGCGACGUGGGCGACGGCAGCAGCACGUCGAGCGCUGGCAGCGGCGGCAGCCCCGACCACCACCACCACGUCCCACCAGCUCUGCUGCCUUCUGGGCCUCACAAGGCUCCCGACGGCAAGGCUGGAGCCACACGCCGGUCCCUGGACGACCUGUCGGCGCCGCCACACCAUCGCAGCAUCCCCAACGGCUUGCACGAUGCUUCGUCCGCCUACAUCAGGCAGCUGGAAACCAAGGUGAACCUGCUGGAGGGUGACAAGCUCCUGCCACAGCUGCCCCGCCCCUACGGCCGCCCCAGGAGGCUCCAGCCGGCGGGCCCUGGAGAGCUGCGCAGGCUGCGGAAGGGCUUUUCACCUUACCACUCCGAGUCCCAGCUGGCGUCCCUGCCGCCCUCCUACCAGGACUCCGUGCAGAACGGCCCUGCCUGCCCUGUGCCCGAGCUGCCCUCGCCCCCCUCCACUGGCUACAGCUCUGCAGGACAGAAGCCCGAGGCAGUCGUGCAUGCCAUGAAGGUCCUGGAAGUGCAUGAGAAGCUGGACCGGCAGCUCCAGGACAGCUGCGAGGAGGACCUGAGCGAGAAGGAGAAGGCCAUCGUCCGAGAGAUGUGCAACGUGGUCUGGAGGAAGCUGGGGGACGCUGCCAGCUCCAAGCCCUCCAUCCGGCAGCACCUCUCUGGUAACCAGUUCAAGGGUCCUUUGUAGGGCCACUUCAUGGACGUGGACUGGCCCUUCCAGGGUCCCAGGCCCCAGGCAUGGGCAGGACUCCCGCAAGCCACUGUCUUUCUCUGGUGAGUUGUACAUAGGACACGGGCCGCCCUGGCUGCGUGCUGUGACACUGCCGGCCAGGCCGCCAUCUCCCGCCUCACACACCAGCAAACCGGGAAGACGCGACGCCUCGACCGCUCCCUGCGGCAGAUCGGCACCUGCACGGCCUGAGUGACCUGGCUCCCUCUCUGGGCCCCAGGCUCCAUCUGCGAGAGGCUGAAGGCCACUUCUGGGAUACCAGGCCCAGGGACUGUUCGGGCUUCCAUGUCCUGCCCUCAGUGUGGGGGCAGCUAUCAAGCCUUCCAUCCCCCUGGUGCCCCUGCACUGGACAGAGGCCACCAGCACCUGAAUCCUGACAGGUGGCACCUCUUCUUGCCCCUGCCAUGGCCGGGACCCCAGCUCACCAAGCACUGGGUCCUCUGUGUCGUGGAUGAGAAACUCACCGUGUCUGUGGCUGCUGGAGCUGCCCUGGGCCUCCCAGGCCCUCCUCUGACCUUGGCCCUGGGCGCUCGGAGUCCCUGCUGCCGGGGGUUGGAGCCACCACCCUCACGCCAGUUGCUGCUUGUUUUUAGUGUUCGCCUCCCUGACCCCCCGUCUCCCAACAUGUUCUCUGUAGUCUCCCUACCCCAGCCAGGGUUAGCCCUCUCUUUUUGGGUCCCUCCUGCCCAGUAUCCCUUUCCGUGGUUCACAGGAACAUGGGAAGGUCCUGGAGGGUUUCUGGGCUGAGCUGCAUCUCUCUCUGGAUGGGUCUAGAACAGGGCCAUGGCUGGGUCUCUGAUCAGCUGUGGGGUGGCCACCUCCAAGGCUGGCUGUACCUAGGUCACUGUGGACACAGCCGCAGGGGCUGCCCGUGAUGAGCCUUCUGUUCUCCUUGGGAAGGAAGGAACCUGACUUGGUUCUGGCUUUAAUUUACUGUGUGACUUUCCUGAAGUCACACAGCUCUCUCUGGGCCCCUGCUGGUAAAAUGGGACCUCCAAGGUUCCUUUUAGUCUUGCUCACUGAGAUCACUCGGCUCCGGAGGGUUUCAGUCCUCACUUGGCUCAGGAGCCCCUGGGGUGGACCUGCUGAAGAGGCCGCUGGCGGGUGGCUAGUGGAGCCAAGGCCAAGCUCAGUUUUGCUGGCUUGCUGUCUCACGGCAGGUCACCUCCUCUCUCCAGGCCUCAGUGUUCUAAGCUAUAAAAUGGAUGCCACCUUCCCUACGGCAAGAGUCCUUCCAUGUAAAUGAUCUGAAUGAACCAGAAGUGUGAUAGAUAAUAUUAUCUCUAUGAGAGGAAAAUGAGGCCCAGGAGGGGAGAUCCUCAAACCUCUGAGGGCCAGGCCACUUGACGUCCACACGUGCCACUGACCUGGCCCCAACCCCUACUCACUUUGGGUCAGUUCCUCGAGCCAUCAGCCAUCUCCUCUUCUGAUGGCACUCAGCGCUCACGCGGCCAGCACGUGAAGAGCCCAGAGGGGCUGUCUGCGUAUCAGGCCCAAGCCAAGGGUGGCAACCAGGACGGGGAGCAGACGGCUUCCCCGUCACUCUCCCCAGCAGGGACCCUCUACCCUGAGUGGUUCCGGUUGCCAUCUGCACCCUUGGGUCCCAUACACUCAGGGUGAAGGCCCACAGCCCUCAGCAUGCCCAGGAAGGGCCAACCAGGUGCUUUUGGAGGAUGCGCAUGCUGCCCUUGCUGUGGGUGUGACCAGAAAGCUCGAGAAGGAGCUGCUGUCUGGUCAGGUGGGUGGGCUCCCUGUCAUUUGGGGUCUGCUCCCCAUCUGCUGGUCAUGGUACUGGUGACUCUUGCCUAAGUGGGAAGCUGGGCUGGUGACACACAGGUUCCUUCUGGGUCUUGGAGCCCAAGGGACCACAGAGCAGCUCUGAGGGAGUACGGGUCCGCGCUGGGUAGGAGCCAAGUCUGGGAGCCCACGUGUCGUGUUUGGAUCAGGGUGGCUUGGCCACCACUGAAGUAAGCAAUAAGGGCCCCCAGUAUCUGCUGAUCCACCCAGGGAAGAACAGACUGGAAGCCACCUGUCCCCUCUGAGGGAAGUGCCCUAUCCCUGGUGCUGCAGAGCAACCAGGGGUCCGAGAAGCAUCUCUGGGGGCACCCUCCUGCCUGCCCCAGAGGCAGCGCACUGGUGGCCCGAGCCCACGCAGCAGUGGGCUGGCUUUCUGGGACGGGACCGUAUCUGGCAGUCAUGUCUUCAACAUGAUAGCUGAUAAAAGCCAGCAGCAACGGAGCCCAGGUGCAGUUGGCAAUUCGAGCCAUGAGUGAGCUGGGGAGGGCCCAAGAGGGGCCUCUCACAGUGGGAAGCCUGGGGGCCACAGCUCAGGGUGACACCAGGUGGCCCUCCCUUCUGGAGCCUUAGCUCUGAAAGUCCCUGGGCAGAGCCGAGGGGAUGGCCUUUCAUAGAGGCCCCUUUCCGUUUCACAUGCUGAUUCUCAACCUUGAAGCCCAAGGAGACUCACACUGGCUUCAGUUCCCACUGUGACAGGUCACCCUCCUGGCCCCAGCCAAGGUGGCCUCGCCUAUGCUGGAGUCAGAAUCUGCUGAGCACAUUUUUUUAGGGUGGCACAUUUUUAUCCAAAAGUUAUUAGCUACACACCAGUGUUUAAAGAGAAAAAAGUGACCUUUCAUUUUUUUUUUCUUGAAACUUGAGGGGAAAUAAACAUACUACUGAUUUUUUUUUUUUUUUUUUUUAAAGAAACAAACUAAAUGCAUGGCUGCAGAGUGGUAGAGGUGUCUAUUUUUCAUACUGUGGGGAAAGUACUCAUGCUGCUUUUUGGAAACGGGCUGGGACGUCUGGUUCCGGUCCUGGGCUGGCAGCUAUGCUAUUUUCUGUAGAAGGUGACCACGGUGGACCUGCAGCCACCCCCACAGAGCCAGAGCCUGUGGAUUCCCGCCUGUUUCUACCUUCUAUUGAACCACUUUGAUUUGUGGAGAGAAAUAGAACUUUUUUGAUAGUGUGGUAAAAACAUUGAUUUGAACUAUUUUAGUAAAAGGAGUAAAAAACAAGAUUGUGACCGUGUAUACUUUGAGCUAGAUAAAUAAAGGCCUCUUUGCAAGCCUC